UCUAACUAUAUCAAACCAAUUCUCACUUCCAAGCUAAGAUAUCUCAAACACACACUCUUUAUUACACUCUUCACAGUCCCCAAACUCCUCAAAUUUCACAUCUCUCUCUCUUUUACUCCUAACAUGGAAGAACAACACCAACCCGCCCUCGAUCCCGACGACCAAGCCACCGCCCCCUUGGCCAACCACCGCUCGAGCGUGGACAGCUCCCGGCCAUUCCGAUCGGUCAAGGAGGCGGUGGCUAUAUUCGGGGAGCGGUUCUUGGCCGGGGAAAUCUACUCCCCCAAGACCUUCGCAUUCCCCAAGAAAGAGACCCCAUUCUUCUCACCGGAGCACGACCGGAAACCGCCGCCUCCCAGCGAGGAGGCGGCAGUGCUGGCAGACAGCGUGAAGAAGCUGAAGACGGAGCUGGAGGAGACGAAGGCGGAGCUGAAGCUGCUCAAGGACAGGGAGUCCGAGACGGAGGUGGCCCUCGCCUCCUUGAACGCCGAGCUCCACCGCAACAUGUCCAAGAUGGCCAGGGCGGAGGCGGCCGCGGCCGGGGCAGCCAAGGCCGUUGUGGGGCGGGGGCCUUCGCCGAGCCUGGCGCAGGUGCUGAGCGUGGAGGAGGAGAAGAUAAGUAUGUUGCUUGGGGGGAAGAAGAAGGAGAGGAGAGAGGCGGUGAAGAAGAAGAAGCCUAUUAUACCGCUUGUCGGAGACUUGUUUUCGAGAAAAAAGAAGUCGUCGGCGGCGGCGGCAACUUUGCAUAAUCCUCUCUAUGCGUCUUCUCACCUUCUAUGAGUGUUUGCUUCUGAUUUCUGGUAGAUUAUAUUUUAAUGUAUUAUUUUGAAUUAUGUGAAGGCAAAAUUAAAUAAAAAUAGAGACUGAUCGUGGAGUGGUUGAUGAGAUGAUUUUGUGGUGUGAUCCAAAUUAAAACAGUGGGAGCUUGUUUGUGUAUAGUUUUCGAUUGGGUAUUUGGUAAUUGUCUGAUGUAAUUUUGAAUGUUAUGACUUCUUUGAGGCCAAUUCUGGUGGUACGGCCGCACUUCGUAAUUGUAUUAUGUAAUUUAAUUAAUUCACAUUAUUUUAUCAACAUUGAUUGCAAAUUA